AAUUAUCUCGGAUGGUAAUCUAAACGACGCCAAAAUCCACCCAAAUCACGAACUAUGUGUCCAUCCAAACGCACCCUCACUAUUCGCCCUCAGCAGAACCCCCCAAUACUUUAAAAACAGAGAGAAGGCGCGGGAAGGUGCCCGAAAAAGAAGAAACGCGCGACCAAACACUCCCCCACUCUCUCUCUCCCUCAGAUGUCCAACGUCGUCGUCCUAGACAACGGAGGCGGGCUCUGCAAAGCCGGCAUAGGUGGGGAUCGCGAUCCUGUGGCAGUAGUCCCCAACUGCAUCGCCCGCUCCUCCUCCUCCUCCUCAUCAUCUUCCAAACACCACCCUCGAUGGCUCGUCGCAGAUCAGCUCCUUCAAUCCGGUACGGACCCCACAUCUCUCUCCCUCCGUCGUCCAAUCGAUCGCGGCUACCUUAUCAACCCUGACCUCCAAAGGGACAUCUGGGACCACAUCCUCCGUUCGAUCCUCCACGUUGAUCCCCACCACUCAUCCCUCCUCCUCGUUGAGCCCCUCUUCAACCCUCCCUCCAUCCAGCGCUCCACUGACGAGCUCGUCUUUGAGGACCUCGGCUUCCGCUCCCUCUACGUUGCCGACUCCCCCUCCCUGGUCCACCUCUAUGAGGCCAGCCGACGGCCUGGAUCGGUCCUGUCCAGGACCCAGUGCAGCCUUGUCGUUGACUGUGGGUUCUCAUUUACGCAUGCUGCCCCUGUUCUGCAGAACUUCACGCUGAAUUAUGGGGUGAAGCGGCUCGACCUUGGGGGAAAGGCACUCACCAACUACCUGAAGGAGCUGAUCUCGUAUCGCUCGAUCAAUGUGAUGGAUGAGACGUUCAUCAUCGAUGACGUGAAGGAGAAGCUUUGCUUUGUCUCGCUCGACGUCCCACGGGAUCUCCAGAUUGCUAGGAAACCAGGGAAGGACAAUAUAUUGAAGUGUACUUACGUCCUUCCUGAUGGUAUCACCCAUACCAAGGGCUUUGUAAAAGACAUGGAUGAAGCACAGAGAUACCUCACUCCAGCAGAAGGGGCCCCACCUCCAAAGCCAGAGUCAAAAGAAGAAAUUGACGAUCUCGAAGAUGCAGAAAAACCAGAAGAUAGAAGGAGAAUUGAUUUGACAAAAAAUGAGUUCAACCUGACCAAUGAGCGCUUCCUUGUUCCUGAGAUGCUUUUCCAUCCUUCUGAUUUGGGAAUGAAUGAGGCUGGAUUGGCCGAAUGUAUCGUUCGGGCUGUUAAUUCUUGCCAUCCUCAUCUUCAUCCAGUUCUAUUUGAAAGCAUUAUUUUGACGGGUGGGAGCACACUGUUUCCUCGAUUUGCCGAAAGACUAGAAAGGGAGCUUCGACCUCUCGUGCAGGAUGAUUACCAAGUGAAGAUAGCGAGUCAAGAAGAUCCCAUUCGAGGUGUAUGGAGAGGAGGGUCGCUUUUAGCUUCUAGCCCUGAUUUUGAAGCAAUGUGCGUUACAAAAUCCGAGUACGAGGAGCUCGGAUCAGCCCGCUGCCGACACCGCUUUUUCCACUGAAUAUUCAGUCGUGGAUGUGUACAGUAUCUUUAAUUUUAUUUUCAUUCAAGGAUGGAAAAAAAAAAAACUUAGUUCAUGCAGUCUGAUUGUAACUGAGUAGAAAGUAGGUACAUUUGGGACAGUGUUUGGAAUGCCUAUUUUUUAAAAGGCAUGAACCCAAAAUGUGCAACCCAAUUCGCGGAUGAUGUGACCCUGAAGUCUCUGCAUGAAGUGCCCAUGAUCACGCAUCUGGAAAAGCUGUAUUAGAAGCAUCUUUGAUGCUUUCUGAUUUGGAAGUGCUUUGUCCAUUUCUUUGCCUU